GUGCAACACCCAUUGAUUAUAAUCAGUCUUAUCAAUGCACCACUUCAAUAUGUAUAAGUAAAUAAUACUUACAUAGGUGCAUAUUAUGAAAUAAAUCAGUAUCACAACAGGUUUUCAACUGUGAACGGCUAACAUGUAUUUGUAGUACUCCGAUGAUCAUAUGUUUUAUCUAAAAACAACAUCAAAUAUGUACAUAGUACUGACACGCAAAGUGGUAUUGUACUUUUAACAUAACCUGAAUUUAGCUGAAGAAUACGAAUGUAAUGUAACAAUAUUUUCGCAAGCUUUUUUCGCAAGUUUUUGACAACCAACCAUUUGAUGUUGUGUCUGCAUAAAAAUAAUGUGUUGCUUGUUAUUUAAUUUAAAAAAGCAAAUUUCCAUUAAUUUUCGCCUUUGAAAGUCUCCUAAGUACAGGAAUUGCGCCAUAUAUUUUACGUAACAUUGGUAAUUUUUUUAAAAGAAAGUUUGUUCUUUUUUUAAUGUCAAUAUGGCAUUACUUAUCAGGCAUGUUACAAAAAUGUUGAUGCUGGUUCCGUAAUCUUCCAAAUGAAAAAAAUAAUCGAAUAUACUUAUAAAUAAUACUGAUAAACAAGUGCCGCUGCUGAAAGUCCAGUUUGUGAAAGCAAGACAAACUUAUUCCGUAGUAAAAUUGACCUUAUAACUUGUACACGAUAUAUAAAUAAAUAAUUAUAAAUUUUGUUUCAAAAGUCGUCAACAAGAAUAUGACAUUUUUUAUGGAGGACUUGAAUGACCUGUCAUAUACCUGUAUAAAUAAAAAAAACUUGUGAUUUUUUUUAUAAAUUUUAUCUAAUAACAUGAUAUCGAAUAAUAUAUGGCCCUAUAAAUUAAAAAAAACUUUCGUUAACUUCAACAGGACGUCAGUCUCAUUUACAGAAGCUGUAUCAAAGUAUAUCGCUUUUUGUUAAAUUCAUUAAAAUAUUUUGAGCUGCUAUACUUACACAAUUACACAAUGAGUCUUACAUAAGAUUUAACCUCACGUAUCUCUGAAAUUCAAUGAAUAUUUACCAUGUCAUAUAUAUGUGUAUACUUGUGUAGUCUCCUGAUUUAAUCCUACUUGUCAACAUCAGUGCCUAUAUAAACUGAUAUAAUAAAGUUUGUUUACACGUAGAGUGCCAUAGUUUUACCGGUUGAUAAUGGAUUGGAAUGUUUGGGCUUCGAUUUAAAUAUUACACAUAUCUGUAUAACACUAUACUGUUGUAUUUGAUUUGGAUUCCAUUUAAGUAAAUGUAUCUUAAUGUAUUGAAGUGUAGAAUAGUUCAAUAGAAAAAUCAAGAUGGAAAAAGAAGACGUAAACCAGGCUCAAGUGCUCAAUAGUUUACUGACUGAAAAGUUACAGGCUCAGACUGAAUUGAAGAAAAAUGCUUUCACAAGGAUAAUGCAAUCAUGUUGCUUUAUCCCACAACGUUUUGUGUUGAGCAUAAUGGGGCUUAUAGGAGUAUGUAAUGCAUUUACAAUGCGGGUAUGCCUGAAUAUAGCUAUCACUCAAAUGGUUAACAAAACAAAAGAAUUCAAUAGUGAAGUAAAUUUAGACAACAAUACUUUUCAUGAAGAAACAUGUCCAAAUGAAAUAACGAGCACCAAUAUUACGGAAAUUGAAAACCUAUAUGCUACAUUUAAAUGGGACGAAUCAACGCAAGGUUUAAUACUUAGCGCCUUUUACUACGGUUACGCUAUGACUCAAUUCCUCGGCGGGUAUUUGGCCGAGAGGUAUGGAAGCAAGUGGACUCUGGGCUUGGGGCUAUUGAGUACGGCGCUGUUCACGUUUUUGACUCCUUGGGUAACCCGAGCGGGAGGAGCAACUUGGCUAUUCAUUCUUCGGAUCAUUCAGGGAAUGGGUGAAGGUCCCACCAUGCCAGCUCUCAUGCUUAUGCUGUCAAACUGGGUUCCGCCGCACGAGCGUUCCCUCCAAUGUGCACUGGUGUUCGGAGGCAGCCAAGUGGGGAACAUCUUUGGUUCGCUGAUGUCUGGGCUGAUAUUGUCUGGGGGUAGGGACUGGGCUUAUGUCUUCUACUUUUAUGGCGGGUUCGGUUUGAUUUGGUUUAUUCUUUGGAGUUUCUUCUGCUACAGUUCUCCCAACACACAUCCCUUUAUUACCAAGAGAGAAUUGGACUACUUGAACUCUAAGAUUAUCAAGUCUGACAGCAAGACUAAAGAUCCCGUUCCAUGGAAGGCGAUGUUGAGGUCACCACCAGUCUGGGCACUUGUAUUUGCCGCGGUCGGCCACGAUUGGGGCUACUACACUAUGGUCUCAGACUUGCCAAAAUAUUCGGUGGACGUGCUAAAGUUCGACAUCACAAAGACUGGCUGGCUGACGGCUCUGCCGUAUGUCGCCAUGUGGAUAUGUUCCUUCAUAUUUGGCAUUGCUUGUGACCUUUGCGUUAGAAAAGGAUGGCACACUAUCAAAACAGGAAGAAGUAUACACACAACAAUCGCUGCCACCGGACCAGCUAUAUGCAUCAUUCUUGCUUCGUACGCAGGAUGUGAUCGAAACGCGGCCAUGGUCUACUUCAUUAUUUCGAUGGGCUUGAUGGGAGGAUUCUAUGCCGGAAUGAAGGUGAACGCUUUAGAUUUAGCGCCUAACUUUGCAGGUUCGCUAACUUCGCUCGUAAACACAACUUCUACCUUCACGGGAAUGAUAACUCCGUUUCUUAUCGGCUUGUUGACGCCUGAUUCUACUGUAAGCCAAUGGCGCGUGGCAUUCUGGGUAUGUUUCGCCGUGCUGGUCGGCACUAACGUGGUCUACUGCAUAUGGUUGGACGGCGAGCAACAGUGGUGGGAUGAUGUGAGGAAGCACGGAUACCCACCCGGCUGGAAACAUGGCCCUUUGGUCAGAGAGCUCAAUCCGGAGCAACCGGACGAUAUGACAAUAAUAGAGGAGGAGGACAAACAAGUGUAUUGAAAACUGUAAACCUCACCAGAAGCGUAGUAAAAUUAUGUAUUCCAAGAUAUCUCUCUUAAUUUUCAAAUUGGCCAAUAUCCCUUUGUAAUUUGGGAAAGUGUAAUAUGUAGUUCUAAUAUUUUCCUCAAUACUUUAAAGCGAGACGAAAAAAAAAAUAGUACCAUAUACCUACCAUGAAAAUAGUGUACCUGGUUAGAACAACCUAAAUAAGUAUUAAUAUGAGUAUUUGUGAGUUUUCAUUUUGCUGAUUUGGUUGCAUCAUAGAUAAAUAAGUAGAUACCUGCCUACCUUUAUUCCUUCAUAGAUGUUUAUUCUUAUUUCAAAUGGAUUCCUAAUCUUUAUUAUUAAGUAAACAAUUAUAAAUCCAUAGGAAUUCACAUGGAGAAAACGACACUAAAAAGCUUGAUCGAUGUUCUAUUAAUCGUGCGUGAAAAUUAGGAUAUGUGAUUUUUUUGCCUGCACACAGCAUAAUAUUAUGUAUGAAGGGGAAAAUUUAUAAAUCAGUUAUCCGACCUGUCGUCCUGUAUGGAAGUGAGUGCUGGGCCACCAAGACGAAUGA